CUCCAGCCUAUUCCUAUUUGGACCUUCCUAUUUUGACAAGAGCUGUUAUCUGACUCUACCGGCAAACUAUUUUCCUUGAGGUCGUGACGUAAACUUUUUACUGGCUUGUGGUUCGGUAAGCUUGUCUGGCAACCAACGAUAGAACGUAUACUGUAGCCUCCCUUGUACGUUGCGUGUGCUACUUUGCCAGAGCCUGGACCGGCAUCCUAUCCUAUUCUCGUUCACUCACGUAGCCAGUACUCGGAGGAAGCCAUCUUGCCGGGCACUCCCAGACCAACCAUUCAACAAGUUAGGUUAACCCAUCUGCAAGUAGCAGUAGUUUCAUUUUCUGUGGUUAGAGGGCAGCACUAACGCAAUCAACAUGAAUCCCGAAAUCGAGGCUUUGGAUGAAGACGAAGAGAUGCCGGCGGAACGUGAGCUCGCAGACGACGCUCAGUGGAAAUUAAUUCAGAAAAAUACAUUCUCAAGAUGGUGCAACGAGCAUCUGAAGACCGUCAACAAGGUCCUCAACGAUCUGGAGACCGAUCUGAGCGAUGGCCUGCGCUUAAUCGCUCUGGUGGAGGUAUUAUCGGGAAAGAAGUUUAAGCACGUCAACAAGAGACCUAACUUCCGUACACAGAAACUGGAGAAUGUCACCCUCUCUCUUCGUUUCUUGGAGGAGGAUGAAGGCAUCAAGAUUGUCAACAUCGACAGUACAGAUAUUGUGGACAAGAAGCUGAAGCUGAUCCUGGGUUUGAUAUGGACCCUCAUUCUCCACUACUCUAUCUCAAUGCCCAUGUGGGAGGGCGACGAGCCAGAUGAGGAUCGAAAGAAGAGAGGAAAGGAAGGCCCAACACCCAAACAGCGUUUGCUCGGCUGGAUUCAAGGAAAAGUUCCAGAUUUGCCAAUCAGUAAUUUUACCAGUGACUGGAAUGAUGGCCGCGCUAUUGGCGCUCUGGUGGACGCUAUGGGACCAGGUCUGUGCCCAGACUGGGAAGACUGGAACCCCAAAAAUGCUGUGGAGAAUGCCAAAGAGGCCAUGGAAGCUGCAGAGAAAUAUCUUGGAGUGCCACAGUUGAUCAAGCCAGCUGAGAUGUGUAACCCUAAGGUAGAUGAUCUCAGUAUGAUGACCUACCUCUCUCAGUUCCCCAAUGCUAAGCUGAAGCCAGGAGCUCCAGUGAGACCAAGAACUAACCCAGCCAGAGUGAGGGCUUACGGACCAGGUAUUGAGCCCACUGGCAACUCUGUUGGAGCUCCAGCCAGAUUCACAGUAGAAACAUUCAGUGCUGGCAGAGGCACUGUGGAAGUGAUCAUCCUCAAUCCUAAGGGUGCUCAAGAACCUUGUGAAGUUGUCUUCAACAAUGACCGUAACCUGACCUACUCCUGCUGCUACACACCUACCAUGGAGGGCAAAUACAGAGUGAUCGUCAAAUUUGCAUCAAAAGAGAUCCCCAAGUCUCCAUUCGAGGUGUCUGUAGAGGGCGCUGCAGGCGAUGCCAGUAAAUGCUCCGCCGCAGGUCCAGGUCUGGAGAAAACUGGUGUCAUGGCAACCAGGAAAACAUUCUUUGAGGUCUUCACUAAAGGUGCAGGCAAGGGCAAUGUAGAGGUCAGCAUUGUUGACCCACAUGGUCACAAGGACACUGUGAAACCAAGCAUCACUGCCAAAACUGAGGAAACCUUCUAUGUGGAAUACACACCCAAGGAGUCAGGCGUCCACACUGUCAACGUGUUGUUUGCUGGCAAGCCCAUUCCCAAGAGCCCAUUCACUGUCAAUGUGGCACCACCUGUUGAGCCCAAGAAAUGCUACGCCACAGGGCGUGGUAUCCAGCCCAAGGGUGUCCGUGUCAAGGACCAUGCUGAUUUCAAGGUACACACGAAGGAUGCUGGCAAGGGAGAGCUUAAAGUACAGGUCGUAGGACCAGGUGGUAUUGAUGAGCCAUGCAAAGUGAAGAAGUUAGAUGACAACACAUACGAGUGUGUGUAUAUUCCACAGAAGAUUGGAAUCUAUGUGGUCAACAUUACUUUCAGUGGACAGCACAUUUCUAAGAGUCCAUUCAAGGUUGAAGUCGGUCCAUUGAAGAAGAGCAACAUCCGUGCCUAUGGACCAGGUCUAGAGGGCGGCACUUGUGGCAUGCCUGCAGACUUUGUUGUUGAGACCAAUGGAGAAACUGGUGCUCUAGGUUUCUCAAUUGAAGGCCCAUCCCAGGCCAAGAUAGACUGUAAGGACAAUGGAGAUGGCUCAGCAGAUGUGACCUACUGGCCCACGGCUCCAGGAGAGUAUGCUGUCCAUAUACUGUGUGAUGAGGAGGAUAUCCCUAACUCCCCCUACAUGGCCCAGAUACAGCCACAGACAGAUCUGUAUGAUGCUUCCAAGGUCACAGCCUAUGGUCCAGGUCUGGAGAAAGACGGCGUGGUCGCCAACUCAUGGGCUGAGUUCACAGUGGACACACGCAAGGCUGGUCGCGCUCCUCUCAAGAUCACGUGCUACGACAAGGACUACAAAGAGGUGGAGGUCCAGGUGGUGGAUAACAAGGAUGGAACCUACAGCUGCAGAUACAUGCCCAAGAAGUUUGUCAAACAUACCAUCUUUGUUGUGUUUGGUGGAUGUAAUAUUCCUAACAGCCCAUACAGGGUCUAUGUAAAGGAGCCCAGCAACCCAUCCAAGGUGAAGGUAUAUGGACCUGGUGUGUCCAAGGGGGUCAAGACCUUUGAGAAGACCCACUUCAUUGUGGACUGCAAGGAAGCUGGACCAGGUGAUGUGGCUAUUGCCCUGACCGACGAGAAAGGACUGGACGUGCCAGUGAACACCCUGGACAAUGGUGACGGUACCUUCACCAUUGAGUAUGAACCCAAGUCUGUGGGCACAUACACUGUCAGUGUGUUCUUUGCUGAGCAGGAGAUCCCCACCAGUCCUAUCAAAGUGGAUGUCAUCCCAAGUAUUGAUGUUAGCAAGGUCACUGUGGAUGGACUGGAUGAUACCAUCUACGUUGGCGAGGAAAUUGAAUUUGACAUACUUACUGCUGCUGCUGGCAAGUCCGCUGCCACUCCCACUGUCACUGUGACAUCUCCAACUGGCAAAACCUUGUUCGCAGUCGUUGAGGAGACUGUUGACGGCUACGCAGCUCGUUUCACACCAAACGAGAAAGGCCCACACAGUGUGGCAAUCAAAUUUGCCGGCCAGGAAAUCCCUAAGAGUCCAUUUAGCACAAAUGCUGUGGAGCGUCCAAAACCAGUAACCCCAGUGGAAGAGAAGCCAUUGGCUCCAGAAUUGGCCCAGGCUCCAGUUGAAGAGGUACCAGAUUUGUCUGGCAAUGUGAAGGUGUACGGUGAAGGUCUGACCAAGGGAGAAACUGACAAGCCCAACGAGUUCACCAUUGACACAACUGAAGCUGGACCAGGCGGACUUGGCCUGACCGUUGAGGGUCCCAGUGAGUCCAAAAUCGACUGCCAGGACAACGGGGAUGGUACCUGCAAGGUCACAUACACUCCCACUGAGCCUGGAGAGUACAAGAUCAAUGUCACUUUUGCUGAUAAGCCAGUGCCAGGGUCGCCCUUCCAACCCAAGAUCACCAGGGGCAAAGCUGAGUUGGAUGUCAGUGGAGUCAAAGUAUUCGGCCCAGGAAUCCAGCCUACUGGAGUAUUCCUGGAUUCUACCACUGACUUCACAGUGGAUGCUCGCUCUGUCACACCAGUGGGCGAGGGCAAAGUGCGCGCCAUUAUCACCAAUCCAUCUGGAACCAAGAACGACACUGUUGUCAACAACAACAAAGAUGGCACUUACAGAGUCAGCUACACACCAUAUGAGAAAGGUCCACACCAGAUAGAUGUGACCUAUGAAGGCUUGACCAUCCCUAACAGCCCCUUCCCAGUCAGUGUGGUGCCAGGCUGUGACCCAACCAGAGUCAAGGCUUAUGGACCAGGCCUUAAGGGAGGUAACACCAACCAACCCCAGACAUUCACUGUGGAGACCAGAGGUGCUGGUCAAGGUGGUCUGGGACUGGCCAUUGAGGGACCUUCUGAGGCCAAGAUGACCUGUAGAGAUAACAGAGACGGGUCAUGCUCUGUGGAGUACCUGCCUACCAAGCCUGGACAGUAUGAUAUUACCAUCAAGUUUGCUGAACAGGACAUCCCAGGCUCUCCAUUCACUGUGAAGAUCGAUGAUGUCAUUGACGCAAGCAAAGUGCGCAUGUACGGUCCAGGUCUAGAGACACCGCGCGCUGGACAGCCAUGCACAUUCAUUGUGGACUGCUCUGAGGCUGGCCAAGCAGAACUGGAGGUCACUUACACUGACAAGACAGGAGAGAAGAAAGUUCCAGACAUUGUUGACAAUGAAGAUGGUACCUACAGUGUCACCUACCAUCCUCUGGAGGAAGGACCCUGCAAGAUUGAUGUCAACUACAACAAGGAACAGGUGCCCAACAGCCCCUGCACCGUCCAAGUCCAGCCAGCCUAUGAUGCCAGCAUGGUGAGAGUGGAGGGAGAUGGUGUGAAAAGUGGUCUGCCUGCCAGUAUCCCAGUCUCCUUUGUCAUUGACACCAGAGACGCUGGUAUUGCUGACCUGGAAGUCGCAAUCCAGGGCCCAGAUGGUAGCUACCUGAAGCCUAAGAUCAAGGAUAAUGGUGACGGCACCUAUACCAUCACCUAUGUACCAGAAGACCUGGGCGUUUACACCAUCCAGGUCAAGUUCGGUGGCCACAAUGUCCCCAAUUCUCCAUUCGAGGUCAACGCUGUCCCCGUGGGUGAUGCUACCAAGUGUGUCAUCUCAGAGGGUCUUCAGAGCACAGUUAUGGUUGGCGAGGAGUGUGUGAUCACCGUCAGCGCCAUGGAAGCAGGUCAGGGUAACGUCACAUGUCGCAUCAGCAGCCAGGCAGAGGCCGAAGUUGACAUCGACAUUGUGGAUAAUGGCGAUGGCACUUUCAGCAUCAUCUACACCCCGCGAUCACAGGGAGAUUAUACCAUCAAUAUCAAGUUUGGUGGCCAGCCCAUCCCAGGUGGAGAAUUCACACAGAGAGCUUGCCAAACGGUGGAGGAACAUACACAAUAUAAGAAGAUUACAGCAGAUACAGUUGACGCUCUUCAAGCAGCCAAGGCUUUGUACCAGGAGGUUGACUUCACCAUCCCAGUUGGCCCUGUCUUUAACUUUGUGGAAGCUGAGAUAAUCAUGCCUUCGGGAAGACGCUCUACGCCCACGAUUAUUGACAACAAGAAUGGAACGGUGACAGUCCAGUAUCAACCAACAGAAGUGGGAUGCCACGAGUUGUGUAUUAGCUACAAUAAGCAACCUGUGCCAGGCAGCCCAUUCAAGUUCCAUGUUGACAAUGUGAACAGUGGCUUUGUCACAGCGUAUGGUCCUGGUCUUAGCCAUGGUGCCGUGGGAGAGGCAGCCAACUUUACCAUCAAUACCAAGGAAGCUGGAGCAGGAGGCCUGUCACUGGCAGUAGAGGGUCCGUCUAAAGCAGAGAUUGUCUGCAAGGACAAUAAAGAUGGCACGUGCUCCGUGUGCUACUACCCCACAGCUCCGGGAGAGUACCAGAUUGCGGUGAAGUUUGACAACAAACACAUCUCUGGCUCACCAUUCACAGCACAGAUUGCAGGAGAGGGCAAGAAGAAGUCGCAGGUGUCCGUAGGUACCAGCAGUGACAUCUCCCUGGACAUCAAGGACGUGGACAUCUCCACUCUCACAGCCAAUAUUAUUAGUCCAUCUGGGAAAGAGCAGCCCUGUAUCCUCAAGAGACUGCCCAAUGGACAUCUUGGAAUCUCAUUUACUCCCCAAGAGAAAGGCGACCACAAGGUGAACGUCUACAAGAAUGGGCAACCCAUUCGCAACAGUCCUUUUAUUAUCAGCGUGGGCGAGAAAGAGCUGGGAAAUGCCAGCAGAGUGAAGGUUUCUGGGAAAGGACUGGAGGAAGGCAUGGCCAACGAAGUGAAUCAAUUCACCGUGAAUACUAAAGACGCAGGAUAUGGUGGACUUAGUUUGUCCAUUGAAGGCCCCAGCAAGGCAGACAUUGACUGUCAAGACACACCAGACGGAAACUGUUUGGUCUCCUACAAACCCACUGAACCAGGAACCUAUAUCAUCAAUAUUAAGUUUGCCGAUGAACAUGUUCCAGGCAGUCCAUUUGCUGUCAAGAUCCGCGGAGAGCCAUCAGACAAGCUGGUGGAGAAGAUCAUGCGCCAGGCGCAGGCCGUGGAUGUCACACAUGUCGGGAGCCAGUGUGAACUUAGCCUUAAGAUCCCAGGCUCCAGCCCUGUGGACAUGAAUGCCUCAGUGACCAGUCCGUCUGGAGUGACUGAGUUGUGUGAAAUCAUUGACUUGGACGACUGCCACUAUAGCAUCAAGUUUAUCCCCAAGGAAAUGGGAGUCCACACUGUUAGCGUGAAACACAAAGAUAUGCAUAUACCUGGCAGCCCAUUCCAGUUCACAGUUGGUCCUAUCACAGAAGGCGGCUCACACAAGGUUCAUGCUGCUGGCCCUGGCUUGGAGAAGGGAGAGGUCAACGAGAAAUGCGAAUUCAACAUCUACACACGUGAGGCAGGUGCUGGAGGUCUGUCGAUUGCAAUUGAAGGACCAUCCAAGGCAGAGAUUGACUUUGCAGACCGCAAGGACGGGUCGUGUGGAGUGUCCUACGAGUGCACAGAACCUGGUGAAUACAUGGUGUCUAUCAAGUUUAAUGAUGAGCACAUCCCUGACUCUCCAUUCAAAGUGUACAUGUCAGCCUCCAGUGGAGAGGCCAAGACGGUCACUGUAGCAAGUCUAGAACAGGCGGGACUUGUGAUUGGCAAACCAAGCACAUUCUCUGUUAACUUGAAUGAAGCCAAGGUGGGCCGUCUUGAAGCCAGAGUAACUGCGCCAUCUGGUGCCGAAGAUAAUGCAUUCAUCCAAGAGAUUGAUGAAGGCCACUAUGCUGUUAGGUUUAUCCCCAGAGAAAAUGGCCGUCAUUACAUCCAUGUGCUAUACAACGGCAACCACAUCCCAGGCAGUCCAUUUGUUGUCAUGGUAGGCAAACUGGACGCUGAUCCUGGCAUGGUUCAGGCCUAUGGUCAGGGACUGGUCAAGGGAGAGACAAACAAAGUAGCUAAGUUUAUUGUGAAUACAAUGAAUGCAGGAGCAGGUGCUCUGUCUGUGACAAUAGAUGGGCCAUCCAAGGUAGAUCUACAGUGCAAAGAGGUGGAGGAAGGGUAUGAGUUCUCAUACACACCCACAUCCCCUGGAGGUUACCUUAUUGCCAUCAAGUUUGCUGGCAACUACCACAUUGUAGGAAGUCCAUUCAAGGCUAAUAUUACAGGCCCAGGUCAACCCUCACAGGUGACAGAGCACACAUCCAUGCGUAUGGAGACCACCACAAAGACUGGCGCUGACCGCCUGAGAAUCCCACACUUCCCCUCAGAUGCCAACAAGGUCACUGCCAAGGGCAACGGCUUGAAGAAAGCCAUGGUCAACAAGAAGGCUCAAUUCUCUGUGGACACCAAGGAUGCAGGUCAGAACAUGUUGUUUGUGGGAGUAAUGGGUCCUAAGGGCGUAGCGCCGUGUGAAGAAAUUAACAUCCGUCUCACAGGCAGGAACACGUACACCGUUAACUAUAGCGUCAAAGAGAAAGGGCAGUACCUCCUUAUGGUGAAGUGGGGCGAAGAUCACAUACCAGGCAGCCCCUUCACGAUUGACGUGAUAUAAGCACUCGACAUUUUUCUCUAAAUUGAAAAAAAAAUAAAAUAAAACUAUGAUGAUAUUGCUCAUCUGUUGAGAAACGAGUACUUUGCUGUAGACUGGGCUCAUUGUUAACACAGUUUAAGACUUCCAUGUUGUUGUACGAACACAAGUCACAUUGUGGAACAGUAACAAAGACAAAAUGCACUCAGUGAAUACGGCGGAGCUGCUUGUUUUAUGUUGUUCAGUUACUAAGUUUUUUUUCUCAAGGGGGGAGGGAUCGAGGUAUUGGAUUAUAUCAUAAUGUAUUAUAGCCAAUUUGCUUUUAGCAUUGCUGCUGUAUUGGUGGAUACUGUUUUUUUACAGGCUAACACCAAAUCUGGUGUAUUAUUAUUGCGGGCUAGGAGUCCUGAUCUUUAUGAUAUCUCCAUGUUAUAGAGAGUGUGCAGGGGACCACCAUAUUCCUCGCUCAUAUCUGCUGCAUAAAUAAAAAAAAUUAGACUUGACAUUUAUGCUUUGCAUAAUGAUUUGAGCUCUAAGAACAUACGCCGUAUGUUUGGUUUGAAAAAGGAAUUAAAAAGGUUUCAGUUUUAUGAUGAGAAGGCACAUUUAACGUGGUUUGUGUGCACUUUUUUUACAGUUGCUGUAAAUGGCUUCUAAGAAGGAGAACAUUUAUGCAGCAGAUGUGGUCUUGAAUUUUGUGGAGGAUUUUUUCACACGGAGUGCUGUCUCCGGUAUGCAGCCACAUGUAUCUAGAUUUUUCAGACAACUGUCCUUUUUUUUAAAGCAAAACCAAGAAAACUGACAGAAAAAAAUUAUGAUGUAGGAAACAAAAAAUGAUCAUUUCUUAAAGCAGGAAAUGUUGACUUUUUUUUACAUUGGAGAAUAUUGAAACACAACAGUCAGUGAAUCAAAACCGAGGGAAGAUGGCUGCUCUGUGAUGAUGCAUCUUGAGGAAGAAAUCCACAUAAAUAACUUGCUUUAAGCAAGUUGGAUGGUGGCCCUGGUACUGCACACUUCUGCCAUAUACAAGCUUUAUAUAUGUCUUCAUAUGCUCCUGUGGUUUAGUACUUCAUAUAUAAAUUCAUAUAUACAUAUAGAUAUAUCUCAAUACAUGGCAAAGGCAAUAUUCUUUCUCAAGCAAAUGUCUAACAAUUCAUAUAAGCACUGCAUGUUUUUAUUGAAAGGCCGUGAUACUAAUAAUCAUUUUUGUAGGUAUUAGAGGUUGCAAAAUUUUGAAAUUUAAUAUUAAGGAUAUUUACAGGUAAUAUAUCUGGCAAAGACCAUAUGCUCAUGAGGCUUAUAAUAUGCAUCUUAUUGAUAUAUGUAAGUUGGAUUGUUGUUGUUUAUUCUUUUAAAAAUAAACUGAAUCAUGGAACAAGAAAGCUUCAAUUCAGCAUAGCUGCUUUUGCAGUGAGAAACUGUAUUAUUUAUGAAUGAAAACCUGAUUUAAUAAAUUAGAAUUAAAAUUGGAGUCGGAGGUAAUAAUAUAAUGUACCAGAAUGUGUUAUUUUAAAAUGAUUUUAUUGACAGUUUUUAGUUUGAUUUUUGCAUUUUCAACCUUCUCAUAGAUUGAAGUUUAUCACAGUUCAUAAACUUUCCGAACACCGAGUAUGUUAUUUAUUAUUAAAAAUCUCCGCACUAUUAAAAAAAAUGCAGCUUAAUGAUCAAGAUCAUUUUUCACCCAGCAGAAGUAGAAAGCAAUUUUUAUGAGUACAUUUUGUAAAUCAUAGGAGCCAGCGAGGACUUUGGAUAGAUAAGUUGUUUAGAUGGAUCGAAUGAUGUAGAAUGCUCGGCCAAUAGUUUUAUACCUAGUUGCUACAAUCUUCAAGGCCAAAUAUAUAUAAUGCAAGCUGCAAGCCAGUUUUAACAGUUUUAUAUUCAUUAAUUACUUUUUGGGUCUUUGGCUUUUCAUGGCCUAUGAACAAUAAAUGGCUGGAAAACAA